AUGGAAUCGCGCAAUGAGUCUGGCGGGGUCAUCCCGAUGGACUAUGAAUGGCACGGGGGAAGCGCAGGGCCAGUCGACUUUACCUCUCCCUUCUCGCAAGUCAGGAAGCAGCCGCAAGACAACAAGAAGCGAACACAUCAAAUCUUUGAUUCCCCUGGAAAACCAACCAUACCAGCUCUCCGCCCUCCAAAUUCGCAGUCCUCCUUCCUGUUCUCCCCGCAACGGCAACAGUCUACGCUCCAGUCAGCAGCGUCAGUCUUCGGACAGCCGGCAUUUACGACCCCGCGGAAAUUAGAAGUGGAUUUGUCGUCGGGCGGCGAGAACUUGUCCUCGCCGGAGGUAGCAGAUAACGAGGAAACACCGGAGCAGCAGUCGAAGGGCACGCGACGCAAUUCGUUAUUCAACAUCUACGGCCGGGCACUUGGGAGGAAGAUGCGGAUGGAUGAUGACUAUGACGAUUAUGAGAGCGAUAGGCCCAGCAGCAGUGAAGGGCGACCAGGAAGGACAUCAAAAAAGGAAAAGGCACCGGACGUGCAGAGCAGACCGUCCAAUAUGUCUUUUUUCAGACAGUUUUUGACCCUGCUGGAGGAACAUCCCAACGUCCCUGCCAUUCUGUCAUGGUGGGCGCAGCUGGUCGUGAACUUAUCCCUGUUCUCGCUUGCUGUGUGGAUGGUCUUUUCGUUUGUGGCCGAGAUUCGCAAUGAGUUCGAUGCUGUGGCAAGCAAGGAGAUGGACUCGAUUCUGCACAAUAUUGCCGAGUGUAUGAAGCGAUACGAGGACAAUAAAUGUGCAGCUGGCAACCUCGUGCCGGGUCUAGUGCCCAUAUGCGCCGCCGACAGGAAGUGCAUGGACACGGACCCGACCCAUGUCAGACGAGCUAUGCUCUCAGCGAGGACGAUGGCCCAAAUCAUCGACAGCUUCAUCGAGCCUAUUUCCUGGAAAGCUAUUAUAAUCUUCCUAGCCACCAUCGGAACCGUGGCAUGGGCCAGUAACUGGUCCUUCCGCUCCUUCAGAAACAACCGCCUCAACCAGGGCUACCCACAACACGACUAUCCACCCCCGCCAUCAUAUAAUCCAAACAUGCACGGCCAACCCCUCCACCUCCAGCAGAACCCGGCCUACGGCUUCUACAGUCAACAAGAACCCCGUGCAUCGCCGACAAAAAGCUACGCCGAUAGAGAAGAUGCACCGCUCAUGAUCGAGAACACCCGCUCAAUGGAUUUCGUCACGGAACGCUCCCGCGAACGAGAAACUCAUCUCCGUACGCCGAGUCCUUCGAAACGGACGCAUCGACAAUUUACAUAG